UGGGCAGGUCUCAACCAGAUCCCUCCCCACCACUGCAGGGGGCAAGGCAGGCCAGACAAAAGCUUGUGACUGCCCUCAAUGAGGUACAGGGUAGACUAGACUUGGGCCAUGUGACUUGGGGCCAAGAAGCAGAGCAACUGAUGCCGGGACUGCUAUGCCCAGCCUUUGGUGCGACAAACUCACAGUGGUGGUUAGGGCUCCAUGCCUCUCAUUUCUAAACAUUAAGGCCUUUUCACCUCAGUGACUACAACUUAAGGUUAAAUACUGGACCGACGAUGUCCCUCAUUCUAGAAGCCUCUGACUUAAGCCAUGUCUCAGAUCCCACAACUGGAAAUCGUUGCAGCCUUCUCCGAGUGUCUCCCCACUGUGCUGCUGAACCCCCCCCCCCCCGAAGCUGGACAUGCCCCAGCACGUGAUGGGGGACAAGAGGUUCCUUUCCCUGCCCAGGCUCCUCUUUCCCAGCACAUCCCCAGGCGCCGAGAAUGGGAGUGACUACACUCCGCCCAGCAGCAGGGCAUCUCCAGCCUCCCUGCGUUCUGCCCACAGCCCCCUGGACUCCUGCAGCCGGCCCCUGUGUGAGCCCCGGGCUGAGAAGCACAGUGGCCAGGCGGCCCGUGAGGUUCAGUACGUGCCUGCGGGGCCGCAGGGUGCGCUGUGCGGCUGGCGGACCUUCACUCCUCAGUGCCUGCAGGUCUUCAACACGCCCAAGGGCUUCCUGAUCUUCCUGUGCGCCGCCUCCUUCCUGCAGGGCAUGACGGUGAACGGCUUCAUCAACACGGUCGUCACCUCCAUCGAGCGGCGCUUCGACCUGCACAGCUACCAGAGCGGGCUCAUCGCCAGCUCCUAUGACAUCGCCGCCUGCCUCUGUCUCGCCUUCGUCAGCUACUUUGGGGGCAACGGGCACAAGCCACGCUGGCUGGGCUGGGGCGUGCUGAUCCUGGGCGCUGGCUCAUUGGUGUUUGCAUUACCCCACUUCACCGCCGGCCACUAUGAGGCAGAGGUAGAUGAGGGAGGAGGGGUGGGGACAUGUCCUGCCAACCAGAGCACGGAAUGUGUGGACAGCACCUCAGGCCUGUCUGGUUACCAGCUGGUCUUCAUGUUGGGCCAGCUCCUGCAUGGUGUGGGCGCCACGCCCCUGUACACGCUAGGUGUCACCUACCUGGACGAGAAUGUCAAGUCAAGUUACUCACCCAUCUACAUCGCCAUCUUUUACACGGCAGCCAUCCUCGGGCCUGCGGCCGGCUACCUAAUCGGAGGGGCCAUGCUGAAUGUGUACACAGAAGUGGGCCAGCGGACGGAUCUGACCACCGACAGCCCACUGUGGGUUGGCGCCUGGUGGAUUGGCUUCCUGGGUGCUGGGACCACAGCCUUUCUCAUUGCCAUCCCCAUCCUAGGCUAUCCUCGGCAGCUACCAGGCUCCCAGCGCUACAUGGUCGUGAGCACAGCUGAAGCACGCCGCUUGAAGGACGGUGGCCACAAGGCGGCGAGCAACCCAGCCUUCGGGAAAACAGUUGGAGACUUGCCCCUCUCCAUCUGGCUCCUCCUAAGGAACCCCACGUUCAUCCUGCUCUGCCUGGCAGGGGCCACUGAAGCCACCCUCAUUGCUGGCAUGUCCACUUUUGGUCCCAAGUUCCUCGAGGCCCAGUUUAGUCUGAGCUCCUCAGAGGCCGCCACCUUAUUUGGGUACCUGGUGGUGCCAGCGGGUGGUGGCGGCACUCUCCUGGGCGGCUUCCUGGUGAACAGGUUCAAGCUCCGUGGCUCCGGGAUCAUCAGGUUCUGCCUGCUUUGUACCCUGACCAGCCUGCUGGCCUUCUCCGCCUUCCUCAUGCACUGCCCCAACAUGCUCAUGGCAGGUGUGACGGCGGGCUACGGUGGGAGCCCCCUGCCCAAAGGCCACGUGGACCUGAAGGCCGCCUGCAACGCUGCCUACUGCUGCCAGCCAGAGCACUACAGUCCCGUGUGCGGCUCGGAUGGCACCAUGUACUACUCCCCCUGCUACGCGGGCUGCCCCGUGGCUGCCAGGAUUGGCCCUGGUGGCCAGAAGGUGUACGGAGGCUGUAGCUGUGUCCUUGUGAAGGACUCCUCUGGCUUGGGCAAUGCUACCGCAGGGAAAUGCACUUCCACCUGUCAGAGAAAGCCCUUCCUUCUGGUUCUCGUGUUCGUUGUAAUUAUCUUUACAUUCCUCAGCAGCAUUCCGGCGCUGACGGCAACCCUACGGUGUGUCUGUGACCGGCAGAGGUCCUUUGCCCUGGGGAUCCAGUGGAUCGUCGUGAGAACCCUAGGUAGUAUCCCCGGGCCCAUUGCCUUCGGCUGGGUAAUCGACAAGGCCUGCUUACUGUGGCAGGACCAGUGUGGCCGCCAGGGCUCCUGCUUUGUGUACCAGAACGCCGCCAUGAGCCGUUACUUGCUCAUUGCGGGACUCACGUGUAAGGUGCUGGGCUUUCUCUUCUUUGCCACUGCCUGCUUCCUGUACAAGUCUCCACUGGGGUCCUCAGAUGGCCUUGAGGCCUCUCUGCCCAGCCAGUCGUCAGCCUCUGACAACCCCACGGAGCUACAGCUCCAGAGUGACGUCUGACACCUGCUCAGCUCGGGGACGCCACGACCCCUCCGUGCUUCCCGAGGACAAGAGUCACGCGCAUGCCCGCACCGGCUGCUGGGGCUCGUGGAGGGCCCGGCCCUCCUCACGGGGCCGCAGCACUGAGGACCUUGCUCAUUCAUGCUGCAUUCUCGAGCUGUGGCUCUGCCCUAAUGUUGGGACUGAGCAGUGGGCCACAGGUUCCAGAGCCUCAAGGCACUAAGGGUGAAUGGCUCCAGACACAGCUGACCUGAGCGCAACCCCUGCCCUGACUUCCAGUUUCUCCUGAGAGAGCCAGAAAUGCCGUGUGGGACAGCAGAGCCCUGGGUGGUGUCAUCCCAUGUAGGCUGCUACUUGACAUGUUUGAACCUGCUGUCACCUGUUCGCCAAGUGCUGGGCAGAAGCAACUUUGCAUCAUUAUGUCUGGAUGCACAUUUUGUGUUGAAAUGUGCUUAUGGAAUUUGUUUUGUACCUAAUUCUGUGGCACAUGUCAGAGCUAACUCCAGCAGGGACAGGAAUUCCACUGGGAGUGCCAUACAGUCUGCACAGGACUGUGUGUAUCAGUGACCUCUGUUAAGAGUGUUCAUAUGUAAAUAUAUUUUAAUAUUUAAAGCAUA